CGAUAAAACUAUCUUCUCUACAGGUUUUCUGUGGUGCAUGAUGUGUCGUCUCCUGAACAUCCUGCUGGCUUUGCUGAGUCGCUUCCUGUUUGUGGUCCACGGGGUGGUGACGGUAUGGCGUGUGGUGGCCGUCAAAGAGGAGCCACUCUAUUGGCUGCUGCUGAUGGGCGUAGCUCUGCUGGGCUUGGAAAUGGUCGUCACUCUGAAGUGCACCCAAAACGCAGAGUGGAAAUGGUUCUCCCCCAUGGUUUUCCUUUACCUCAGUACUGUCAUCCCAUCCAUUUGGUUCCUGGAGCUGAGCCUGCUGCAGUCCAAGCUACCUGUCAACAAUUCCUCGGGCCUGGAGCUUCAUUUGCUGGCUCGCAUCCCGAUCACAGCGGCCAUCGUGGAGCUGGACCCGAAGAACUGGGUCGUUGGCCUGGAGCAGACCAUGCUCAUAGUGUUGGUUCUGGGUCGCUGGCUGAUGCCCAAGGGGGACAUGUCCCGCGACCAGCUCUCCCAGCUCCUCAUGGUCUAUGUGGGACUGGGCGCCGACAUCCUGGACAUCUUGGACACCUUCAAGGAGCCCGAGGUUAAAACCAACCAAACGGUUGUCUACAUGGGCCUGGGCCUCUUCUCUUGGGCGCUCAUGCAGUUCACUCUGGUGCUGACCCAGACGCAACUCCCAGAGGGUGAGCCUCCGCAGAAGAGUGCGGGUGGUCUCGCCCGCCGCCCUGCUGCUCCCUCGUCGUCUGCCUCCUGCUGCUCUAGUGAAGUGUGGAGCUUGCUGCUCACAGUGGGAGUCCAAGAUGGCCCGUUUCUGCUCUACCGGCUCUACCUCAUGGUCCAAGAGCGGGUGCUCAACCAGCUCAUGAUCUUCUUCACCUGCAAGAACAUCCUUGUCGUCCUCUUGGAGCUUUACAGGAUCUUUGUGGUGCAGUGCCAGCAGCGGUUUGGGGAAUCGGGGUUGGGGAGGUGUUCCGCUCUGGUGCUCCGGUGUCAAACCCAGUGGGGUGGGGAGGAGGAGGAGGAGGAGGAGGAGGAAGCAGGUGGAGAGGAGCCGAGCUGUCAUACAGACACAGAGACGGAGCACUGA